UGCACUUUUUAAGCUCACCCAGACUGCAGUAAUAUUUGCGCGUGUUUGUAGUUGAGCGACAUUGAGCAUGUAAACUUCGUGGCGGUUUGUGGAGUGGGCGAUGACUUGAGUCAGUGUCGGUAGCGAUCUAGAAUACUGGAUGGACUUUUAACAUCUUAUCGGGGUAGAUUGUGGACUAAAAAUGGACUUGAUCUCAUGUUGUUGGAGGCUGUGUUCUUGGAGAACACGAGAUCCUGUUUUUCCCGCUGGAGUGAGCUUCCCACUUGAUUUCCCAGUUUAUAAUGACACAUUCAUCAAACUCAGUGUCUAUGGAGUGAGCGACGAACAGCAAUCGAGCAACUUCCUUGGAAGCAGCCGCUUCUCUGUUGCCGAUCUCCUCCAAUCCAAAGACCAGCAGCUUUCUCUCAGCCUGAGGACAGCAGAUGAUUCUGUCACAGUGGGCACAGUGCUGGUGAGCCGGAUGAAGAUGGGGGAGAUUGAGGAUGGAGAGGUGGAUCACAUCACAGCCGACAUGCACCAGAAGUGCACGCUGGUGUACGAGUCGUCACAUGGCAUUAAUGACAAAGAUAACGGACCAAUAAUGAACACUGUGUUUCAGAACGCAGUGUGCAAGGUCUACCGGUUUCAGACGGUGGACAGUAAAUGGAUGCUGGUGCGGGAACAGAUGGCGGAGUGUACACUGUCCUUCAGCAUCCCGAAGCAGCUCAUCGGCCUCUACAUUCAGGAGGACACCUGCAGGAUACAGGAGCUGAAGGAUCUGGGAGAGCUUUCUCCACACUGGCACAACCUGCGGAAAGACGUGAUCUCUCGCUACGAGCAGAUCAUCAAGGAGUACCAGGACACGCUGGUGGAGCUGGAGAAACUCACAGGCCCGUCGUUCAAGCCCAGCUGCAGCAAAGGCCAGAAGUAUCUGGAGUUCAUUCCCAUCAACCUGCACACGCAGAGGAUGAGGGUCACGUGUCCCAGGAAAACAGAUUCCUGCUAUGAUGUGGUCACAGUCGGAGCUCCAGCAGCCCAUUCGCAAGGCUUCAAGAACGGAGGAUUGCAGAAACUGCUCAGCAAAUACGAGUCUGAGAAGAAGAGCUACAGCACAGCAUAUCAGUGCAUCUACUAUCCUCCAGAGCAGACGGCCAAAGCCAGAGAGAUCCUGAGUGUGGUUUCUCAGUUGCAGCCGCACAUCACUGCGCUAGCCGAUCAGCUGCUGCAGAGCUCCAGAGACGCUCUCAGAGACACACUCAAGAGCCUGGAGGACAAGACGGAGCAGUUUGUUCACGCUCUAAAGGAUGAGCUGGUGAAGAGCGCCCUCCUAGCGCUACAUGCUGCCCGUCCCGGAUACGUCAGCAAAAGUCAGACUUCUGCACCAUCCAGCCCACCGGAGCCAAAUGAGGAGCCAAAUGUGGUCUGCAAUAAUGUGAACAGCUCUCAAACACCGCUGAAAGAGAGCAAAUCGUCUCCUGUGCGUUCAGACUCCAUCCCGCACCAUAAAGAGUACGAUGAGGAGGAAUGGGACAGGGUCUGGGCCAGUGUGGCGAAGAGCUUGAACUCUGUCAUUGCCAUGGUGGAAAAACUACAGGAGCAGGACAACAACAACCAAGAGUCGACACCCUGUCAAACACUCGCAGACGUCAUCACCUCACACAGUCCCGAUCGCCCCCUGGAUGUGGUGGACUGGCGGGAUCAGCUCGGGGUCCUGGUGCAGUCGCUCAAGGAGUGUGUGCUGAACGUGGCGGAGAGAGCCAGACACUCCGUCAUCUUCGUGCUGCUGCAGGAGGCGGCGUGCAGCACGGCACAGGGUCUGCAGCUCCAGCAGAGACGAGACACCGUCUUCAGCCAAGCUCUGACGGCGCUGGCAUGUGGAUUCGUCAUGCGGUUGUAUGCUGGUUUAGAGGAUAAAGGUUUUCUCAGACAGCUGCAUGCAGUCGGCCUGGUGGCUCAGUUUGAGAGUCUUCUCAGCACAUACAGUGAAGAGAUUGGGAUGCUGGAGGACAUGGAGGUGAGCAUCUCAGAUCUGACCAGAGUGACGUUCAGGAUCACAGAGGCGCUUUCUGAGGAUUCAGCCAGUCUGACACCCAUCAUCAGCGGUAGACGAGACCGAUACACUGUGGAGGUGCCUCUGCCACACGAUGCCUUCCAGAUGCUGCCGGAAGAGCUGCGUCAGGGCAAGCUGCUACACGUCAUUCCCGUGCUCUUCAAUGUGGGCAUCAACGAACAACAGACCAUCGCUGAGAGGUUUGGUGACAUUUCUUUACAGGAGAGAAUAAACCAGAAAAACUUUGAAAUUCUAGAAGGUUACUAUAAAUCGUUGAGCAACACGCUGCCGUCGGAAUGUCUGCCGAGUUUUCAGACGCAGACGGACAUUAAGGAGCUGCUGGAAACGCUCGGACAGAAUGUAGUGACCAAGAAGAGGAAGAAUGUGGAGAUAUUGUGGCUUGCAGGAAUGAUCUGUCGACGGAUGAAUGGUAUCCGCUUCACCAGCUGUAAAAGUGCCAAAGACCGGACGUCGAUGUCGGUGACGCUGGAGCAGUGCUGUCUGCUGCGGGACGAGCAUCAGCUCAAUAAAGACUACUUUGUGCGCGCUCUGGACUGCAUGAGGAGAGAAGGCUGCCGGAUUGAGAAUGUGCAAAAGAAUAUAAAGUGCAGGAAAUACGCCUUCAACAUGCUGCAGCUGAUGGCUUUCCCCAAAUACUACCGGCCGCCUGAUGGGACAUACGGGAAGGUGGACUCAUGAGAAACAGCACCGUUCCUCUUAUUGACAUCUACAGUGGGGUUCAGAAGCUCAUGCUGACAAUUUGGAAAUUAUAUUUGAAAAAAGUAUUAUAUGACACAAAAUUAUCAUUCAGGAGUCAAUCUGACUCUUAUUUUGUUUGUUAGGUUUUGUUUAUUCAUUUAAAUGGUACGAAAAUUU